AUGGCUACCGAAAACGGGGAGAGAGCUCCUCGCGAAGUGAAGAAUCAUAUCUUAUUCGAGGUUGCGACUGAGGUGGCGCAUCGCGUCGGCGGCAUUUACUCUGUCAUCAAAUCCAAGGCGCCCGUCACUACAGCUGAGUAUGGCGAGCGGUAUACUCUCAUUGGCCCUCUCAACCACCAGUCUGCGGCUGUUGAAGUCGAAGAACUCGAACCAACUACCCCUGAGCUUGCUAAGAGCAUCGAUGCUAUGAAGAACCGGGGCAUUGGCAUACUUUACGGACGAUGGCUUAUUGAAGGUGCCCCUAGAGUAUUGCUCAUCGACACAAAGACUGCGUAUAAGUAUUUGGACGAAUGGAAAGCAGACUUAUGGAACGUUGCUAGUAUCCCAGCUCCGCCAGGCGACGACGAAACGAACGAGGCUAUUGUUUUUGGAUACCUGGUCGCAUGGUUUCUAGGAGAGUUUGUCUGCCACGAGAAGAACAAAGCCGUUAUUGCUCAUUUCCACGAAUGGCUUGCCGGUGUUGCCUUACCGUUGACGAAGAAGAGGCGCAUAGACGUCACCACCGUCUUCACUACGCAUGCAACUCUUUUAGGCCGAUACCUAUGCGCUGGUUCCGUUGACUUCUACAAUAAUUUACAAUGGUUUGACGUCGAUGCCGAAGCCGGAAAGCGUGGGAUCUAUCAUCGUUACUGUAUAGAACGUGCUGCCACACACUCCUGCGAUGUUUUCACGACUGUCUCUCACAUUACGGCCUUCGAAAGCGAGCACUUGCUUAAACGGAAGCCAGACGGAGUUCUGCCCAACGGGCUUAACGUCACCAAAUUCUCUGCGAUACACGAAUUCCAGAAUCUGCACCAGCAGUCUAAGGAGAAGAUCCAUGAUUUUGUCCGCGGACACUUUUACGGGCACUAUGACUUCGUUCCCGAAGACACCGUUUACUUCUUCACUGCCGGACGUUACGAGUUCCGGAAUAAAGGUGUCGAUAUGUUCAUCGAGUCCCUCGCUCGUCUCAACCAUAGAUUAAAGAGCUCCGGAGGCAAAACCACCGUUGUAGCAUUUAUUAUUAUGCCCGCACAAACUACAUCGCUGACGGUAGAAGCUCUAAAGGGCCAGGCAGUAAUCAAAUCACUCCGCGACACGAUUGAGGUGAUCGAGCGGGGGAUCGGUCGCCGUGUCUUCGAGCGGUCGUUGAAGUGGCAUGACGGAGAUCCGAUGCCAGACGAAAAGGAGCUAAUUACGAGCGCUGAUAGAGUUGUCCUGCGCCGUCGCCUUUUUGCUAUGAAACGACAUGGCCUCCCUCCUAUCGUUACACACAAUAUGAUCAACGACCAAGACGACCCUAUUUUGAACCAGAUCCGACGAGUGCAGCUCUUCAACCACCCCACGGACCGUGUCAAGAUUAUCUUUCACCCCGAGUUCCUAAACUCGUCGAAUCCUAUUCUGCCAUUGGAUUACGAUGACUUUGUGCGCGGCACGAACUUGGGCGUGUUCGCCUCUUACUACGAACCGUGGGGCUACACCCCUGCCGAGUGUACUGUCAUGGGUGUUCCAAGCAUCACCACUAACCUGUCUGGGUUUGGUUGCUAUAUGGAGGAAUUGAUUGAGAACUCGGCCGACUACGGCAUUUACAUCGUGGAUCGGCGGAAUAAAGGCGUCGAUGACUCGGUCAAUCAGCUAACUUCACAUAUGUUUGAUUUCUGCCAGAAAAGCCGACGUCAAAGAAUCAAUCAGCGGAACCGGACUGAGAGACUCAGUGACUUGCUAGACUGGAAGAGGAUGGGUAUGGAAUAUGUCAAGGCUCGACAGUUAGCUCUGCGACGAGCAUACCCGACUUCGUUUUCCGGCGACGAGGAGGAUGACUUCAUCCCGGGAGUCGAGCAGAAGAUCUCUCGGCCCUUCUCAGUCCCGGGUUCACCCCGCGACCGCACUGGGAUGAUGACCCCCGGAGAUUUCGCAAGCCUACAAGAGGGGAGAGAGGGCCUGAGCACAGAAGAUUACGUGGCAUGGAAGCUGCCCGAAGAGGAAGAUCCCGAGGAAUACCCAUUCCCCCUGACGUUACGAACAAAGAAAGGAAACUUCUCCGGACCUGCAUCUCCUCUUGACGGCCUCCAAAUCAACGGGACUCAGUAG